AUGUUUGCUGCCUUUGUGGAAAACGCCACCAGUGGAGCCAAAAUGAUGCGGCGGCGAAGGCGAACAGAUCCCAAGGACGCCAUCAUAGGUGGCAGCAGCAGCAACGUCGUACUGCAACCACUUCAGGGGGGUCGACGACCCAACAGGCGGCGGCCCAGACAAUCCGGGGCUGUGGCAGCAGGGCUCGCCUCUUCCGCGCUUGCCUACCUCCUCGUCCUCUUCCUCCCCCCUGGAACCAUGCCAUCAGCCUCGGCCUUUACCGCUUCUUCUGUGCUGUUGUCGCCAUCGACAGCCCUCGCAGGUAGUGCUGCAUCGCGUGUCGUCGGCGGAGCAAGCGGCCUUCGAAGACGAGGGCAACAGCAACAGCAACAGCAGCACGGGGGGAGAAGGGUGACGGGCAGAGGCGGGUUGUCGACGGCAGUCAUGGCAGCGGGCUGGCGGGACAAAGAGGACGGCCCUGCAAUCGACCCCUUCGACGAGGGGAAAAUGAACGCGCAAGGACAGCACGUUAUCAACUGGUAUCCGGGGCACAUCGCCAAAGCGGAGCGGCAGCUCCAGGACUAUCUCAACAUGGUGGACGUAGUGGUCGAGGUCCGCGACUGUCGCAUUCCCGCCGCAACAACACACCAGCUGGUUCCCUCGUGGGUUGGCAAAAGGCCUCUCAUCGUGGUGCUGAACCGAGUGGACACCGCUUCCCCCACUGCCGUGGAGCAGUGGAAGAAGUACCUCGUGGCUGAGGGUGGCCUGCGUGCUGAUAACCGCGGGGGGAACGUUCCAGUAUUCUUCGUGGACUCGAAGCGAGGCAGGGGGGUGCACGAGAUCAAGAAGGCGGCGCUGAAGGCCGGGUCUAGGGUCAACGAUCGGCGGGUUCGAAGGGGCAUGAAUCCGCGGAGCGUUCGGGUGGCCGUGAUCGGCUUCCCCAACGUGGGGAAGAGCGCUCUCAUCAACAGGCUCAUCGGAAAGAAGGUAGCCAAGUCCAUGAACAAGCCGGGCGUCACCAAGAAGAUGAACUGGGUGCGGCUCGGCGGGAAGGACACCAAGCCUGAGCAAAACCUGGAACUCCUGGACUCUCCGGGGAUCAUCCCCGCUAGGCAAGAGGACCAAAACCAAGCCCUCAAGCUCGCCAUCUGCAACGACAUCGGGCAGGCCUCGUACGACACUCAGGUAGUGGCGGCGAAGAUGAUCGACCAGCUCGUGGAGACAGCGGUGCAGUUCCCGGGGUAUGUGAGUCUCGACGCCGUCGCUACGCGGUACGGCAUCGACCCUAGGAGACACUCCGGGGAGGAAUACCUGCACCUCGUCGCGCAGAAAAUGUAUUUCGGGGAGAAAAACUCUGCGGCAGACAAGCUCUUGGGCGACUUCCGAAAAGGCCACCUGGGCUCCCUCUCCUUGGAGGCUCCCCCUCGAGCCAACGCCGCCCACAACAGGCUUCCCCUCAAGCCGGGAUUGGAGGCCGGUGGCGCUAGCGGGGCGGGGGCGGGCACCUCCCGGGACGCCGCCGGUCGGCCAAUGGGCGGCGGCAAUAUGCGGGAACCCGGGGGAGGUGUGGAGGAUGAGGAGGUGGAGUUUGGGGCGGCCGCGAAGGAGGCGAGGGAGUUUGUCGGAAGCGGGGAGUUCGAGGGCUGGUGAUCGCUCGAGCGGGGUACGCUUACAGUAUGAUGCAGUUGUGUUAAGCAUCGGAAAUGUCAUCGGGUGUAUGGGUUCUGACUCAGUUGGUGAAGGGGGCGAGGUAGGUGACUACCGCGAUCUAGAUCACGAUGUUUUUUGUUCGUUUCGUUUGGGCUGUUCACGGGAUCGUCAUGCACGUAGUUCCAGAGAGGACUGCUGUGCUUGUCCUAAUCUGAUGUUUUAUGUCGUAGGUCAUUGUCGGUCUUGUUCUCGUCGCUGGCAGCGCAUUAGACGUGGAGCAAGCGAGUUGACUGCGUAGACGGAAUUGGACAUUUUCGUGUGUUGGUGGGAGAUGAGUCCGGAAGUGGCAGAAGGGCCGAAUCUCUUCAGCCUCACAGCCACUACGUCGCGCACCCCUGGAGUGCUAUAGCAUGUCUCGCACGACAAUGUCGACGGUUCUCUUACCCCCACAGCAAACCAAGACGCAACGCGCACGCACAUGCGUUACCCUGUGAUCGAUACAUGCUGGAAGCGCGACUGGGCAUUUGUGGCCG